AUGGAUGGAACUGAGGGGCUUGAGGAGAGCGGGACAGAAGCUUGCCGGGUCAACAACAAGAAGACGGCCAGAGAAGGAUGUCCCACGGGAAUGACAAAGCUUGGAACCAACCGGGUUGUGGCCGGGAGGCGGGCUGGCGAUGGCUGGAGGGAGGAUGGAAACCUUGGAUAGUCGACUGGAGCGCGUCAGUCAUUUGAGAUAACCACACGAAGAUGGGCAACUAGCAAGACAUGGUCGCCGUCUUCGCGAUGGAAAAAGAAAAAAAAAAAAAAAAAAAAAGACGACGAAGAAUAAAGAAGAGGAUUGCGUGUGUUCGCGAAGAAAGUGUGUGGAUGAAGUCGGCUGGCGGGUAGAGUUGCAGGGCGAUUGAUCCUCUGUUUCCAGUCGGGGGGGCGGAGAAAGUGGUGUGGUUGGGCGCUGGGAUUUGCUUACCAGGCAAAAAAAAAAAGGGCAGCGAGGAGGGACCAGCAGAUUGGGUUUGGCGUUUGGGUUUGCGGUGACUGUGGAAUUUGACGGUUGAAGGAGAGGACUGGAUGACGCCUCAACACGCUCGAACAGGCCAAUUCACCCUAGACCCGUGAAUACAGCAGCACGGCCUCGACGUUCAUCUCUUCGUUCGCUUCCGACGCGAUCACGGGCGAGCAGCGAGUUUGUUGAAGCGGAAUCGGUGCGGCGCUGGGGGGAGAAAUCGUCCAUGAUAUUCUCUCGCUGGCUCGGGGAGGCUGCCAGCGGGAGGUCCUGCAGUUACGCCCGCCCGCCGCACUUUCUGUCACGGCACCCAUCACGCGGCAGGGGGGCGGCGAAAUUACCGUACCGCCGCAUUCUUACCGGACCGCAAGUACGUAUCUCCAUGCCUACAGG